GCACGUGGGACGCAACCGACGCCCGAACUUGAAAUCGUACCACCUUCCACCCAUCAAUGCGAGCGGCGCAACCUGGUAGACCGUGAAGGCGCAACUAAUUUCGAUUAUGACCCAGUGUCAUUAUACAUAUCGGAAUUUAAGAGACUGGCUGUCGAUCCUGGGACGCCGCUCAAGACAACUCAAUCUCCGAUCUUUAUAUUGUGACUCUAAGCUGAAUACAGAAGUUAGAACAAUGACCUUCCCGUUCCUGAUGACAGAGGAACGGGGAGAUAAGUAGCAUCAAAGUAGCAUCGAAUCUCGUCGCAAGUACUUUUUGGAAUGUGAAGUCAACGUGAAGUCCGCAUAAACAUCUGAUGGAGGAAAAAAACGUUAGGUGUCUGCUGUGGGAGAACCCGUCUCAAUUCUUUCGAACUUGUUUCCAGCCACCUGCGUCACCCAGAGGUGACUUCAAUUGAACCAUCACAGACAUCUUUGAUCUGACGGAAGUCUCUCAUUACACCUUCAACUACACGCCCUUGCCCGCUAUAAAACGCUUCGACUCGUGAGGCGUGUUUUCCCAAGGACUCCACCUAGCUCCACUUCAACAUGGGACUGAUAGAUUUCGUUGGUCCUGAAAGUUAAGUACAAGCACAACUAGGGAGUCAGAAAUUGGACCAGAAAAACGUAUAAAAGCCUCCUUCAAACGACGUCCUGCUCCUCACUCGAACACACCAGCAGUCGCCUGUUCUAGUACUUUACAUUGUUCAUCAUGUUGUUCAACAAAUUCUUUGCUCUCUCUGCUCUCACUACCCUUGCUGCCGCCACUGCCGUCCCACGAAACGGUGGUGGAGGUGAUAGCGGUACCCAAUGUUGCCAACAAGUUACCCAGGCCAGCGAUCCCGCCGUUGCCGUUAUCCUCAAGUCGAUCGGUGUCGUCUUGCAGAACCUCGAUGUCCUCGUUGGCCUCGACUGCAGCCCUAUCACCGUCAUUGGCAGUAACAACGGUGCAUGCGCUGAUGGAAGUAACACCGUCAAUUGCGACGACAACAGCCAUGGCACUCUCAUUAGCAUCGGUUGCGUUCCUGUCUCCGUUUGAACGCUGGUUGGUUAGGCGGUCCGCCAGGGCCCAUGUCAAGUUUAUGGCUCGGACUAAGCUCGUAUAUGAAACUCUGUAGUUGAUAUGUGUUCCGAAU